GAAGAGCGGUUUUAACUCCACAGGAGGUUUAAAUGUCUUCCGAAGACAGAGAAGCCCAGGAGGAUGAGCUGCUGGCACUGGCCAGUAUCUAUGAUGAAGAUGAGUUCAAGAGAGCGGAGUCUGCCCAAGGGGGAGAAACAAGAAUUUGCCUGGAAUUGCCCCAAAACUUCAAAGUAUUUGUGAGCGGUGCAGGCAGCUCCGGAGGCAGCCUCCAGACGGGUGGAUUCGAGUACAGCGUCUGCUUCCUGCCGCCCCUGGUGCUGAACUUCGAGCUCCCUCCAGACUACCCCUCCACCUCCCCGCCCGCCUUCACCCUCAGUGGGAAAUGGCUCUCCCAGGCCCAGCUCAGUGCCCUUUGCAAGCAUUUGGACAACGUCUGGGAAGAGAAUCGAGGCUGCGUGGUCUUGUUUGCCUGGAUGCAGUUUCUGAAGGAAGAAACACUGAGUUACCUCAAUAUUUCCUCCCCGUAUGAGCUGAAAAUGUGCCCCCAGGGGAGCGGGCAGGGCAGGACACCUUUGGUCCCUCCCUGUGCUGAGGACUGUGGCGGUGCAGCGGGCUCUGCUGCAGCUGAGGAAGAAGUCAUGGAUGCGAGAGCCGUGCAGGACGUGGAAUCACUGUCGAGUCUGAUCAGGGAGAUCUUGGACUUUGAUCAGGCCCAGAGGAGGAAGUGCUUUAACAGCAAGAUGUACUUGUGCAAUAUCUGCUUCUGUGAGAAGCUGGGCAGUGAGUGCAUGCACUUCACCGAGUGCAGCCACGUCUACUGCAAAGCGUGCCUCAAGGACUACUUUGAAAUCCAGAUCAGGGACGGGCAGGUCCAUUGCCUCAACUGCCCAGAACCCAAGUGCUCCUCUGUAGCCACGCCGGGCCAGGUGAAGGAGCUGGUUGGAGAGCAGCUCUUUGCACGCUACGACCGCCUGCUCCUGCAGUCGAGCUUGGACCUGAUGGCAGACGUGGUGUACUGCCCUCGCCCGUGCUGCCAGACCCCCGUCAUGCAGGAACCGGGCUGCACCAUGGCCAUGUGCUCCCAGUGCAACUAUGCCUUUUGCACCCUCUGUAAGAUGACCUACCACGGGGUCUCCCCCUGUAAAGUCACCGCAGAGAAAUUAAUGGCUUUGCGAAAUGAGUAUUUAGAAGCAGAUGAGGCAACUAAAAGGUUUUUGGAACAACGCUACGGCAAACGGGUGAUUCAGAAGGCUCUUGAGGAGAUAGAGAGUAAAGAAUGGCUGGAAAAGAACUCAAAGGCUUGUCCCUGCUGUGGUACUCACAUAGAGAAACUCGAUGGGUGUAACAAGAUGACGUGCACGGGCUGCAUGCAGUACUUCUGCUGGCUCUGCAUGGGCUCUCUGUCAAGGGUGAACCCGUACAGGCACUUCAAUGACCCAUCCUCCCCCUGCUUCAACAGGUUGUUUCAAGCCAUGCUUACUGAGGAGGAGUACUGGGAAGAUGAAGAUGAAGAGCAGUAGCUCUCUAGCAACAACACUGAGCAAAGCAGAAUCAGGUGCUUCCAGUUUCAUGUCAAGUUUGUUUGCUUUCCCCUUCUAUUGCGUGGUAGAAGAAUGGUACCAACCUUGCACUGCAGGAUCCUCACCCUUCAAAGGCUGUGGCCAAAACCAAAGGAGAGCAUUUCACCCAUCCUGCAGUCAGGGUCACUGUGGAAAGCCCUGAUAAUCCUAUUGAUUGUUAAAGGCAGGUGCAGCCGGUCAGAGGUCUCAGUGUUGAUGGCAAAUUCACUUGUGUUGCUUCUCCUUAUCUUGCCAGUGCUAAGGCACUGAGUGAGUGGCCAGUGAGAGGGUGGAAAGCAUCAGUCAGACAUUGAAACACAUGUUCAUGGAUACAUAGCUGAGAGUAAGAUGAAUUCUUGAAGAUACUGAAAUGCCCUUCUCAGAUGAUGAAGUAAUUUAUUUUUACUAACUCUUCGUAAGUUGCUAGGUUUGCUUCUGGACUAGAUCCCUUAUUUCCACUGUUCUUGCACUUCACACUGUUUCAAACCCCAGCUGGUUUCCCUGGCAGCUCAGUGAGUGGUGCUGGGAGCAUGGCAGAGAAUGCUGCAGGGAACUGCUCAGUUUGAAGAGGUUUUUCCAUGCGCAGAAUGGUCUAAAAAUGUUGAAAUUAAAACUGCAUCUCUUGGGUUCAAAUCAAAGAGCAGGGGCCGGGGGUAUCUUGGCCACCGGGAGGCUCUUUAGAGGCUCAAGGUGAAUUCCUCUCACUCAGCUUUGAUUGAUAGUAAAUAAAUUUAUACUCAGAUACCUGGCCAAAACGAGUACUGAUUUAGUGCCCUCUGCAGAGGAUGGGGGGGUCUGCGCUCUUAGAACUGGCAGUGAUUAGAAACAUGAGCUGGUAAGAGUGGAUCUUGUCUUGGUUUAGCCUGUGGGACAGUGUGUAGGGAAAAUUCACAUUGUGUAUGGUUUAAACUGUAUUUCCUGCACCUUUCACCUGCACUAAAUUCACUUUAAGACAGCAAA